AUGGGGGAAGGCGCGGCCCGUGAUCUCGAUUCCGUAUCGGGGAAGUGGCGGAAAAUGAACAAGUGCGUGAAUGAUUUUAUCGGGGUUUAUAACCCACUUUACAUCAACCGUCCUAGUGGGAGUAGCGACAAGGACGUUCUUAACCUUGCGAUGGCUAAAUGGGAAACAAAAAAUCCGCCUUUCCCGCACCUCCGAGCGUGGAACGUUUUAAAGAAAGAACCUAAAUGGGCGCCGAUUCCAAAUGAGGUCGCAACCGCCAAAUGGACAAAAACUUCCGAGUCCGGAAGUUAUAGUACGGGAGGCUCCACCGCUCGUUGUCAAAUCGACAUAAACGACGAACCGGAAUAUAAGGAGGAGCCCGUUCACGAGAUCGAACGUCCCGGAGGAAGGGACAAAGCAAAAAAAGAGGCGGCCGAAAAGCGCAAAGGGGCCGGCUCGAGUGGAGGGGGCGGCUCGGGUGGAGGUGGCGGAUCGAAGGCGUCUUCGAAAAUGGACAAGUUAAUUUCCGAAUUCCGUUCGUUUAAAGACUUUGCGGCCGAAAAAUAUAGUUACAAGAAAAACGUGUCGGCCGACUAUGCUCGAGCGGAGGUUUUUAGGAUAAUGAGGUUGGAUCUCGACUCGGUUCCGGAGGAUGAACGAGAGGUGUAUCGGAGGAUGAAGGAAGAGGUGAAGAAAAAAUGGACGUCGUAG